AUGGACAGUCCAAACCGUGAUUACCAGGCCCAAGCCUUGGGUGACUAUCUAGAAACCACGCCCGACUCCAUCUUCCGCAUCAACGCUGAGGACCUCACCCGCUCCCCAGUCGGCCGUUUCAUCCGUCGCGGCAUCCAACACUUUUUCAAGCUCACCAUUCAUCUCUAUUUCACUUCCGCCCCAGCCACUCAGCCCGCCAUCAACCCCCACACAGAUAACUACCACAUUCUCAUUCUUCAACUUCAGGGCGAAAAGCAUUGGCUCGUCUGCCAGGUGGACAAUGCUGAAUCGUGCGAAGAAUUCACUUUGUAUCCCGGCGACGUCUUGUUCUUGCCCCGCCGCGCUGGUCACGUGGCCUGGACCACCAACGUGACCUCAGUCCACGCCACCAUCGGCUUUCAAGGUGUGGACUGCGGUGACCUGGUCGAAGCCGCCGGCUUUACGGAGCAAGAUGUGGGCCUUGAUUCCACCAGCCCCUGCAUGCUCCUCACCAUGGACCAAGCCAAGGUGCUGCACCAUGUCGUGGACACGACGGCCGACGCUGAUUUGGGUGGCCCCGCGGCCAUUGCACAGCUCUUUGUUGAGCACCAAUCCACCCUUCGCGUGCGCCGUGCAAUCUCCAAGAAUGGUUGUAGUGGGCUUUGCACCUGUGAAGGCCCCAGUUGGGCGUACUUUGGUUCAUACGGCCCCGAUUGCGGCUCCGACUGUGACGGCUGGUGGGGCGGCAGCUGUGACGUGGAUGGUUGCCAUGGACCUGAUACAGA